AUGCACCCCACCACCACCACAUACAACAGCAUACAACAAGCCUCACCAACUUUAUUAUCAAUCCUACGUGCCGGUAAUCAAGAAACACAUCAGGAUUUCACCGGAUUUGAUUUACAGAUGGAAGACUCAAGGCAAGGUCAGAUUAUAGACCAGCAAUCACUUAUGGCAGCCUUACAACAAAAAGCCCCUCUUGAACAUCAGCGGUAUUCAGAACAAAGCUAUGAAGAUUUAUUUCAUAGACCUUUUCAAAGACCUACUACUCAAGCUGAUAUCAAUCAAAUCAAUCGUGUUCAAGAGGCUCAGCGUGGAAUUAAUGAUUUCUUUCAAGAUCAUCAAGUUCCACAACCUCCAAUGAUCGAUAAUCGGCCAAGUCUAAAUCAACACAAUCAAAACAAUCAGCUUCAACAAACUCACAGCUUACCAAACGCAAGUAUAAAUCAACAUACUCACCUUCAACUAGGUCAAAGCCUACCAAAUCAAUUUGAUUCAACUUUAAACAUCUACAAAAAUCAUCAAAUCUCGGUUCCGGAACCUCAACGGGCAUCAGCACCAAUUCAUAUAGACUCUUCCCUACUUCCGCACUUGGAAUCUCAACCUUUGGGUUUGAGAAAUUCAACAACAUCCAAUUCGAGAGGACUCUCUACCGUGUCCCAGCCAGCAGGAAAGAAAUCUUCACAAACAAAGAAAUCUGCAUCUCGAUCAAAGAGUUCAUCACAAAACAAAGCUAACAAAGAUGCUAACCGUGAAGACGAAGUUGCUAAAAGCAACAAAGCGCUCUUGGAUGAGUUUCUAACACCAGCCCAACGUCUACCCGAUAAUAUCUCUCUUCCAGCUGAACUUACUGUAACUGAAUUGUAUGCGUUGGAUGCCUCGCAGCUUAGGACGCUUGCUGACCAGCAUACUCGCGGUCGAGGUCAUGGGGCUCCAUCAUUACAGAAGAGACAAAUUCUAAGGGAUUUUCACAACUCGACCGAGAAGCUCCUUGCCAUCUUGUGCAUCCACCUUGGAAUAUCACAAGACGUGGCCUCAAACGAGAUUGGAAAAUGUGCAUCCUUUAGGGCUUCAAGAAACUAUGACUAUUUCAUAAAAUCUAAGGCAGUCUCAGAUAUCUAUCGACAAACCAAGUUCUUGUUAUGGACAGAUGGAGGUCCUCUUAAUCCUGUCUCGAGGGAACUAGUACGUCAACUAUGGGCAAGUUACACAAAAGAAGAGCAAGAUCAGUUUCGCAAAGCUGGCGAGGCAUGUGAUAUUGGUGAUAUUGAAGCAGAGGUCAAUAUUGACAAUAUCGACAACAUCGACAACAUCGACAACAUCGAUGGGGUUAAUCCAGAUGAAAUACCCGACAAUCGUCCAACUCACAAAGGCUUACUUAAGAUUAUCCGAGGAUCGAACAAUGAGGAGACCCGCAAGAAUGGCUUCCGCACCAAAAGCCAUGACCUGGCGCAUUCCAAAAUCAAAUGCGAUGAGUUUGUGGCUAGCUUUAUCCAGAAGGCAAACAAUAUGUCUCAAAUUCAUCCGGCUCAAUUCACUAUCACAGCUGUCUCAACCCACCUUUCUAAGCACUGCUUUCAAUAUAUGUCGACCACACCUGGCUUAUGGGAUUGGGUGGAUUAUGACAUUCAUUCGUCUCCAACUCGUGAAAGCACUACUUCAAGGAUGCAAGCUUUUUUGACCGGUAAGACAGUUGCAGGCCUUGCGCGUCCUAAGCAAGCAAAUGGCCCAAGGGUUGAAUUAGAGAAGUUGAAGGCCAACUUGAACCAGAUCAUUCGAGAAGCUACAAAAGCUUCAAACAAGCCUCAAGAUAUCUGGACUUGGUCAAAUUGCGAAGCUCGCCUUGCCGAACAAGGUCUCAAGUUGCAAUACGAACCAUCCGAUCCUGUGUACAAGAUUUGGAUUACUAAUCCAAAUUCCGCCGUCACUGAAGAGAAAGCUCGACUGGUCAAUAAAGAUCUUGUCACUCACCCGGUAUUGCUCACCCCAAUUCCAGGCUUUGUAUUCAAGUACAAGUUCGGCAAGAAUAACAAGCGAAAACGGGAUGCCGUUCUCGAAGAGGAGGAUGAAGAGCGGCUUGGGGAUGUUAAUGAUAACACAAAUGAAUCGAACAUCAUCUAA